AUGCGGAACAUACUGACCUUCCUGAUUUUUGCCCUGGUGAUCAAUUUACACAGUGCGGCUGCUGAAGAUUCUCAGGAGAAAGACAACAAUGGGAUUACAAAACACCAAAACAUCCAGUUUUCCUCUCCUCAUCGUAAUAUGGCAUCUGGAGCAAUUGUUGGUGGAAGCAUGAACGCUGCACGCUAUGCGAUUGAAAACGGUGGAAGAGCUUCAAAUAUUGUCAAUGUAUUCGACAAGGCAGCCGUGAGCUCUCUUGGAAAUCCAAAGUGGUACGCUAGAGUUGAUAUGCCACACGCCAACGUGCCAUACCAUCAUAUUAAUGUGAACAAAGCAAUUACUGGACUCAAGGAUCCCCAUAUUCGAAUUUCCGGAGCAACUGCACAUGCCGCUGGUGCUGCUGGGAAAGUAUUGAAUGCCGUAAACAAAGUUGCGCCAGCCGCACUGAUUGCGUCUGUUAUUUUAGAUGCUGUCGAAAUAGCGGACGAUUAUAAUAAGGGAAGAACUGAGGAAGUGCAAAGGAAGGUCAUAUCUAAAACAUCAUCAUAUUUUGGAGGAGCCUACGGAGCAACCGCUGGAGCUGCAUACGGAUCAGCGAUCUUUCCGGGUGUUGGAACAUUGAUUGGUGGAGUGGUUGGAGGUUUAUUCGGUGGAGUUUUUGGAGGAAUCGGAGGAGACGUCGUUGCUGAAAUGAUUAGAUAA